UUAUUCAAAUCAGGAAGCGUGCAUCGAUAUUACAUCGCGUCGAAAUUCUCAUGUGAAGUCACAACGUAUGUUACGCAAUAGAAAAAUGACUUUAUCCUUUCUUCGACGGUAUCUACGUUGAAAUCAAUGAAAUUGAACGGCGGCAUUUCUAUUGCCGUGACAAAAAGAUUUCCGACAGUGAAGCAAACGUCGAAAUCUCAAGGACAAAGAACCGGGUGGCUCUCGGUUCUCGGGGACGCUUCAUCGAAAUGAAAUUCAAACAGGAUUGCGUCGCACAUGUUCAAGGCCGCGCCGCGCUAAUACGUUAGCCAGGCGUCUAAUUUCAAUAAUCACAUGGCGGCUGACGUAAACAUCGUUAGUUUAAGUGAUCUGCCCUUGGCUGGAGCUUGGCGCUUAGAGAGAUCCGCGCCCAUCCAUGCUCCCGUGGGCCGUCGACGUCGUGAACGAGAGCGAACUCGGCGAACCGAUCUAUCUUCUCGUGUCGACGACGUAGCAACGUCAUCCAGUCAUUGUACGCAGAGCGACUCCACGUGCGUCUCGUCCCUCUCCUUCAAGAAGGAAGAGAUAAUAGUCCCGCACCGAUCGGCAGCGAGCUGCUCCGGCUGGCGAUGGAAUCCCCCAAUGGCCGCGCGGGGUACCCCCAUUCUGUUCCCAUUUGCAGUUCCGAACGCGGAAUGAGGCCGGCGCACGUUUCGGUAAGAGAUCAGGCCCAGACGUGUUCCCGAAGCGGGACGAGGAGCACGGGCACGUUUGUUGGCGCGAGGUUUACACACUCGGCACACGUGAGGUACAUAACAAUGGAAUCGUUUCACGAUAAAGCUAGCGAACACUGCACUGGAGCAAUGUCUCGUCUUUCCAUAGAGAAAUCAAAAUGUACAAGGCCACGAAGUAAAGGUGAAACCAGGGGACAGAGGCCUACUGGUCUUACACACGAAUGCGGCGUAUUCGGAUGCAUCGCUGCAGGAGAUUGGCCAUCACAAAUCGACGUUGCUCAAGUUAUUUGUUUAGGUUUAGUGGCGUUGCAACAUAGGGGGCAAGAAAGCGCAGGAAUCGUUACAAGCGAAGGUGUCUGCUCGAAGUCAUUCCAUGUUCAUAAGGGUAUGGGAAUGAUCAAUAAUAUUUUCAACGAUGAGAAUAUGAGAAAGCUCAAGGGAAAUCUUGGAAUUGGUCACACCAGAUAUAGCACAAGUGCGGCCAGCGAAGAAGUCAACUGUCAACCAUUUGUGGUACACACCGCGCACGGGGCAUUGGCAGUUGCACACAAUGGAGAAUUAGUCAACACGGAAUCUCUUCGAAAAAUGGUAUUGGGUCGAGGCGUUGGUUUGUCGACACAUUCGGAUUCCGAACUCAUAACGCAAGCACUUUGCUUAAAUCCACCGGAAGGUGAAGUCAACGGACCGGAUUGGCCAGCGCGUAUAAAACACCUUAUGCAGUUAGCACCGCUAUCAUACUCUUUGGUAAUAAUGCAGAGGGACAAGAUUUACGGCGUGCGAGAUCCUUACGGAAAUCGUCCCCUUUGUUUAGGAAAAAUCGUGCCGAUUGGCAAUUUAGCAAGUACCGAGUCUGACGAUGACGAUGAUGAAGCGGAAGGUUGGGUAAUUUCAUCGGAAUCUUGCGGAUUUUUAAGUAUCGGUGCGAGAUACGUUCGUGAAGUAUUUCCCGGUGAAAUUGUGGAGCUGACUAGAGAGGGCAUUAAAACCAUCGAGAUAGUAGAAAGACCAAAUAAAAAACCGCAGGCAUUUUGCAUCUUCGAAUACGUCUAUUUUGCUAGAAGCGACAGCAUUUUUGAAGGACAAAUGGUAUAUUCUGUACGUAUGCAAUGCGGACGAGUGCUAGCGAUAGAAUCCCCGGUUGUAGCAGAUAUAGUUAGUUCUGUACCAGAAUCUGGAACUGCAGCGGCACACGGAUAUGCCAGAGAAUCAAAGAUACCUUUCGCUGAAGUACUGUGCAAAAAUAGAUACGUAGGCAGAACAUUCAUUCAGCCUAGUACGCGACUGAGACAGCUCGGAGUAGCCAAGAAAUUCGGAGCUUUGUCUGAGAAUGUGAAAGGAAAAAAAAUAGUUCUCAUUGACGAUUCUAUUGUCAGAGGAAAUACAAUCGGUCCGAUUAUCAAAUUACUACGUGACGCGGGCGCUAAGGAGGUUCACGUUAGAAUAGCAUCACCUCCGUUAAAGUAUCCAUGUUACAUGGGCAUCAACAUUCCAACGAGAGAAGAACUUAUCGCGAAUAAGCUUGAUAAUGUGAAACUGGCCAAACACGUGGGGGCGAAUAGUUUAACGUACCUUUCGGUCGAAGGAUUAGUUGAGGCGGUCAGGCAUCGCAUGGACAAUCGUGAGAGCAAUUACAUCGGUCACUGCACAGCCUGCUUAACGGGAGAGUACCCAGACGAACUGCCUGGUGAUCUCGAUUGGUGAAAAGACACGAUGUACAAUUUUUUAUUCUAAAAUCAAAACAAAACUCAGGUCCUUAAAAUGAAAUAACGAAUGCGUAGCAUUCUGCGAUGUACGAUUUUACAAAGAAUGUUAUGUCAUCAUAGAAUAGAUAUAUAUUUGUGUGUUUAGAUAUUACUCGGACAUAUAUAGCGUUAAGUUUUAAUUGAACAAAAAGAUUCAACACAAUGCUUGAUUUAUAUAUAUAUGGUAUACAUAUAUAUGAUUUAUAUAUAUAUGGUAUACAUAUAUAAGUAUGAAUAAGAUCAUGUUGUAUUUCUUUACUAGAAUUUUUUAAUAGAACAGAUUUGUACUUUUGGGUUCAAUUCAGUAUUUUAUAUUACAUAUUUUUUGCAAAUCACAUAUGAUAUGUAUAUGCAAAAAAGAAUGUUACGUAAUAUAAUAAUAUGUGAGAUGUUUCUUUAAUUGCAUCAUGUUAGUUGUAUCAUAUUAUGUUUUCUAUAUUUAAAAUAAAGGAAUUAAAAAAUGUUCA